AUGACUACUACUGCCGCUCAGCAGCCAGGACUGAGCUACAAAGAAAUAGCAGAUGCGAUAAUAUCGUUCUUGGAGAUAUCCCUCCACACGAUCCUCUAUCUCCGUUCCGUUUAUCCACCCUCGACUUUCUCACGUAGAAGAGCCCAUCAAGUCCCAGUCUAUCAAUCUCGACAUCCUCAAGUCCGAUCUUACAUCACCAAUGUCGUUUCCUCCCUGGCUCCAGAGAUACAUAGUGGGAAGCUGAAACGGAUGACAGUGGUGAUCAAGGGAGUGGAAGAUGGAUUACCUAGGGAGAGGAUGAUCUUCGAUUUGGGGUAUUUGGCGGAAUUGGAUAAGCUUAGAGAAGGCAGAGGAAGUGAGGUAGGGUUGAUAGGCGCACCGAACGCGGAAGAACUGGGAUUGAUGCUACGUGGUUUCUUGAUAAAACUAAAUGCGUUAGAAGGACAGUUAUUGGAUAACCAAGGCGAGACCACUUUUGCGGUGAUAAUCGAGACGAACGAUUCGCUUGAACCUUCCUCAAACAACAAUGAAGAUGGGUCUAUCGCACCAUGGAUACCUGCCUUGGCAAACGAUACCUUGCAUCCACCAUCUUCACAGGAUCUUGAAGGCUGUACGGAAAAACACGAACCGUUGCUGAAUGUGAAAGCAGUUGAGACAGGUGUGAUAGAUAUCCGAUUGAUGGUGCAAGAAUGUGUAGCUAAAACAGGUAUCGAAAGAUUAGAUCCGUAA